UAAAACCAAAUCCCUCGCACACUGAAUAACACAAGCAUAUAGUACGGGUCUAUUUUAAGGGCGGUCAUCAAUAAUUGUCAGCUGCAUCCACGCUCCUGUGCAGGAAGGCUGCGACUGUGGCCUCUCCCACACAUUUUAACACACGCCGCAGUACCACACGACGCCACGUUGAAAUAGCACGCAACAGUAUGACAUGAUACAACGCCACGACGCCACGUUGAAAUGAAAAACAACAGCACGACACGAUGCUACGUCACGACACAACGUUGAAAUGACAUUCAAAAGUAAACGUGAGGGUUACCCUACAAGGCGGAAUGGCUCGGGUUGUCGUCAUUGGUGCAGGUGUGAUUGGCCUCUCUACCGCCAUUAACAUCCAGGAAUGCAUGCCGGGAAGUCACGUAACCAUAGUUGCAGACAGUUUCAACCAAUAUACGCUCAGUGAUGGUGCCGGAGCAUACAUAGUUCCAUGGGCACCAGGGGUCGAUGACGUCACUCAAAGGAAAUGGGGGCGAGCGUCUAUGGACUACUUCAUCAAACUGGCAGUUUCAGAGGAUAGUGCAGACAAUGGUGCCAGCCUCACUAUGGGGAUCUUUUAUAACCGCGAACAAGAGCCUCCGCCGUAUCACUAUCUAAUGCUAUCUUGCGAGCCGAUGUCAGAGGAAAGUGCGAGGAGACUGAACCUGGGAAAGUUCCAUUGUUACACGGCUACAACCGUUGCCAUGGAGAUGAGGAAGUACCUUCCGUGGCUCAUGAGAAGAUUCCAAGACCAAGGGGGAACUGUGAAGCAGCGGAAAGUGACAUCAUUCCAAGAGUUCGUUGGAGAGUACGACGUGGUGGUUAACUGUGCUGGUUUAGGGGCCAAGGCCCUAACUGGAGACGAGCAGCUGCAGCCAAUGAGAGGACAGAUGAUGAGGGUUUCUGCUCCUUGGGUCAAGCACUUCAUGCACGGACUCAACCAAUUUUACUUCAUACCAAAUUCUGAAAACGUUGCUGUUGGCGGCAUCAAGACUAUCGGGGAUGCUGACACAAGCAUACGCCCGGAGUCAUCUGAAUACAUCUGGGAUAACAUCACCAAAAUAUGGCCUCCCCUUAAGAAAGCAAAACUGUUGUGGGAGUGGACGGGCCUGAGGCCCUACAGGGUGCCUCCUAGGGUGGAGGCUGAGGUCAUCCGGUUUGGGGACAAGAACCUCAAGGUUGUGCACAACUACGGUCAUGGGUCGUACGGUAUCAGCAUGAGUUGGGGAACCGCCGUCCAUGCAGCAGAACUGGUUAAGGACAUGUGUAAACCUAUGUCGAGACUCUGAAGUAACUCAAUUGGAUCAUGGCUACCAACCGCCAUUGACAUACGUGUCAACCAUCACCUUCAUCACACACACACACACACACACACACACACACACACACACACACACACACACACACACACACACACACACACACACACACACACACACACACACACACACACACACACGCACACACACACGCACACACAGUGGGUGCACUGCAUUACUACAGUACUUUGUUAGUCAUAUUACCGAUAACUGGGCAUUAAUAUAAACAACAAACCAUCCAACCGGACUUUCACGGGUCAUUUGCGGAAGUGUGAUAGUAAUCUUUCUCUAUGCAUGGCCAAUGACAUGAUGUCAACGUAACCGCCCACUGGUCGUAGCCCUACCCGCGAUUUUGCCAAAGCCUUUUACAGUGUAAACCGGAUGAAAUUAUGGCCAGUAUUAGUCAAUAAAGGUGUUUCUGGCAAAAUGAUAAAAGCUAUACAGUCUAUUUAUACAGCUGUUCAGGCUAGUGUUGAAUUUAAACAUUCAUUUUCUGAAAUGUUUCAGUGUCAAAGAGGAGUACGUCAGGGUUGUGUAUUAGGCCCCCUUUUAUUCUCGAUGUUCAUUAACGAACUUCAUCCUGAUAUUACAGAGAUAUUCCUGUUAUUAUUUGCAGACGCUAUUAUUCUAAUCGCUGAUACUUUAGGUGGACUUAUUUAUUCUAGAAAAGUAUUGUUAUGCUUAUGAUUUAGACGUCAAUUUGGAUGAAACCAAGGUGGUUGUUCUUAAGAAAGGUGGAGUGUUGUCAAGAAAAGAGAUUUGGUAUUAUAAAGGUCUAAAGUUGGAGUGUGUAUCUUCCUAUAAAUAUUUGGGCGUUACUUUUACGAGAAGCCUGUCCUGGUCAAGUCAUGUCUCUAAAGCUGGUUUACAGGGGGAAAAGCAGUGGUUGGAAUUUUAAAGUCAUUGAUAAAAUUACAUACUCUUCUUAUGAUGAAAUAGAAACCAUACAUACAUUGGCAUGCAAACGCUUUCUAGGUGUCAAAACGUCAACACCCAACAACAUGGUUCGAGGUAAAUGUGGGCGGUAUCCAUUAUAUCUUUAUGCAUACAAAAGAGUUAUUGGUUAUUGGAUAAGGUUAUUGAGUAUGUCAAAUUGUCGCUUUCCAAAGAAAUGUAAUGAUAUGAUGCUUCAGACAGAAAGCAAUGGUAAAAUUAAUUGGGUCUCAAAAUGUAAAUCUUUAUUGUUCAGUUUGGAUUUUGGCUCUGUAUGGGAAAACCAGUGUAUAAGUCAUCCUCAUUCGCUUUUGUCAGAACUUAUGUCGCGUCUGAAAUGAAGUUAUGAACAGGAUUGGCAUAGUCUUCUGGAAAAAGGUUGUAAAUCUUUCUCCUAUUCUCUUUUCAAGGUAUCGUUUGGUACAGAGCUGUAUCAUAGCUGUGUUUUCAUGUUUUUCGCAUCAGCUGUGUGUUGAACUGGGAGAUACGCUAACAUCCCACUAACAGAAGACUAUGUUGUGUUUGUAAUGCUGGGUAUGUGGAGGACGAGUAUGAUUUUGUGUUAGUUUGCUCCGGUUAUAACAAACUACGGAUGGGUCACUUACCACCGAAAUAUUGUGAAUAUCCGUGAAUAUCAUUAUGUCUACAACUGAUUGUAAAUUAAUUGAACGUCUAGCUAUCUAUAUCUAUCAAGCGAUGUCACUUCGUAGUGCAUUAUUGUCACAACAAUAAUAGCUGUGUGCAUCACGACCAUUGUAAUACAAAUGUAAUUAUGGGCCGAUGGCCUACACUUACGAAAUAAACCGAAUUGAUUGUCCCUCAAACGGUGUGACAUGUACACAUCAGAGGUUGAAGCUGAGGGUAUAUUGCUCCACACAAA